GACAUGAAUAUAGACUGUAGUCCACCACAUAAGGUCCAACAGGGCAUCAAAAAGGUUGGCCUGGCCUAUCAUCAGCUAAUAACCUUCUCAGUGUCUCAUACUUUGUAAAUAGGUUGGUUACUUUUAAGAGAUUCUCCCCCUCUUUCUAUCAUCUCUGGUGUUUUUGUUACCAAUUGGUAUUCUCAAAAGUAUAGGUAGAAAAAUGAGGGUCUUACAAUUCUCAUGCAGUUUAAUCUUCCUUCUUUUGUGCUCUGCUCUUUGUUUAUCGUAUGCAGCUCCAAGAUUUCCUGGUUCGGUCAUUAAGCCUGAACAAAUAUCUUCCUCUACGGUAGCAAAAUCCGAAAAUGAGUUGUACAAAACUAAGUAUUUCACCCAAAUACUUGAUCACUUUAACUAUAGUCCACAGAGUUACCAUAAGUUUCAACAGAGAUAUCUGAUCAAUGAUACUUAUUGGGGUGGAGCCAAGAAGAAUGCCCCAAUCUUUGUUUACACAGGAAACGAAGGCGAUAUCGAAUGGUUUACUCAGAACACUGGCUUUAUGUUCGACAUUGCCCCACAGUUCAAAGCUCUCCUAGUUUUCAUUGAGCAUAGGUUUUAUGGGAAAUCUAUUCCUUAUGGAGGUAAUAAAGAAGUAGCUUACGCGAAUUCAAGCACACUUGGACAUUUAAGUUCUACACAGGCAUUGGCGGAUUAUGCCACAAUAAUCAUUGAUCUCAAAAAGAAUUUGUCUGCAACUGAUUCUCCGGUUGUCGUGUUUGGAGGCUCCUAUGGAGGAAUGCUGGCGGCGUGGUUUAGGCUGAAGUACCCACAUGUAGCACUUGGAGCUUUGGCAUCUUCAGCACCAAUCCUCAAUUUCGAAGAUAUAACUUCACCAUAUAGUUUUGCCAACAUCAUCACUCAAGACUUCAGGAGUGAAAGUGAAAACUGUUACAAAGUGAUCAAAGGGUCCUGGCAAAAAAUUGAAGACACUGCUAAACAGCCCGGAGGACUCGACUUGCUUCAGAAAUCAUUUCACAUAUGCAAGAAUACUAUUGGUGCUGAUUCUCUUAGCGGUUGGCUUAGCACGGCAUUCGUUUACACGGGGAUGACAGAUUAUCCAACUCCUUCUAAUUUCCUUAAUCCAAUGCCAGCUUAUCCAGUCAAGCAGAUGUGCAAAGCAAUAGAUAACCCGGUCCAUGGAAAUGACACUUUUGCAAAGUUAUAUGCUGCUGCUAAUAUCUACUACAACUACACCGGCCAUGCCAAAUGUUUUGAUCUUGAUGAUCAUUCUGAUCCUCACGGCCUUGACGAAUGGAGCUGGCAGGCUUGCACAGAGAUGGUAAUGCCAACAGAUGGGAGCAAUGAGGAGAGCAUAUUUCCAGUGAGCGAACCGAGCUACAAGGAUUGGGCCGAAUCAUGCCACGAUUAUUAUGGUGUUUGGCCCAGACCCAACUGGAUUACCACCGAGUUUGGAGGCCAUGAUAUCAAAAGAGUUUUGAAGCGAUUCGGGAGCAAUAUUAUAUUUUUUAAUGGACUCAGAGAUCCUUGGAGCGGUGGAGGGGUACUAGAGGAUAUCUCUAAAACCAUAAUAGCUAUAGUUGCAAAAGAAGGGGCUCACCAUGUAGACCUGAGGUAUGCAACUAAAGAAGAUCCAGAAUGGCUAAAAGAAAUAAGGAGCAGAGAAAUCAAAAUCAUUACGAAAUGGCUCUCCCAAUACUACACAAGCUUGUUCCAUCUUUCUCGCUAAUUUAUUUUGUCUCGUGCAAACAUAGAUAUGCACGAACUUUUUAAAUUAAAUAAUUAAGGAUCAAGAGUAAAACAAUUUCUUUUGAGAUGGAAGAUAUAUAAAAAUGUUAUAUAACAAUCUUAAAAAUUGCCUGAACAGAUACUGCACAAGUAUCCGUUCUUACGAGUUACGAAUUA